UAAAUAUUGUACGCGAAUCGAGUAAUACAAACCCGAUAUAGGUUAGAAUGGCAGGUGAGUGAGGUGGUUACAUGGGACCACGACGUGUUUCUCCUUCUUGUUUGCAGCUAUAUUCGUAGUAUGCUCUACUUCACUUGCGCGUUCGCAGGAGAUGCAGGCUGACAUCUCUUUUUAAAAGCGAAACCAAGCGGCGAAGAGAGAAAGUUACCGCAAGACGAGCAAACCUCUUGGCAGCAGACGUUAGGCGGUACCAUGAGUCUGCUGCUACCGGAGACCGAGGCGAAUCCACCGGCGGAUGAAGCACGACCCGAUGUGUAUCAAUCCCUCCACUUCCGUAGCCUACAGGAACCGUACAACCAUUCGAGUCAUGACACACUUGUUAGUCGAUACAGUACACUGGACGCCAACAAUCUGGAGGUCAUGCUGAAUGGAGGUCUCGAGCGGUUCUACAAGAAGUACAACCACUUGUCCCGCAAGAUCAACUUGCAAUUACCGACCCCCGAGGUGCGUUUCCAAGACCUUUCCUUCGCUGUCAAAGUACCGGCUUCAUCGGGCAGCCACAACACGGUCGGCUCGCAUCUUGCCAAGAUCUUCACGCCGUGGAAGCGACCACUGAUGCAGACGAAGCACGCGCUGCAUCCGAUGACCGGUAUCAUUAAACCGGGUUCCAUGACGCUGAUCCUGGCGAACCCGGGUUCCGGUAAAUCGACGUUUCUUAAGGCACUGGCCGGCAAGCUACAAAAACAUUUUAAGAAGGAGAUCGGUGGCGAGAUCCUGUAUUCUGGUUUGAAAGGAGAGGACAUUGAGCUCACCAAGCUUGUGGGGCUCGUCGAUCAGACGGACAACCACAUUCCGACGCUUACAGUGCGUGAGACAUUCAAGUUCGCUGACCUGUGCGUUAACGGGCGUCCAGCGGACCAACACGACGAGAUGCGAGACAUCGCAGCACUGCGAACAGAGUUGUUCCUGCAGAUUUUAGGCCUUGAGAGCUGUGCUGAUACCGUCGUGGGGAACGCUUUACUGAGAGGUGUAAGUGGCGGUGAACGCAAGCGUGUGACGGUGGGCGAAGUGCUGAUCGGUGGCCAGAGCCUGUUCCUUUGUGACGAGAUCUCAACUGGUCUGGAUAGUGCUGCUACGUAUGAUAUCAUGAAGGCACUACGAACGUGGUGCAAUACUCUGGGAGGGUCGGUGGUAGUAGCGUUGCUGCAGCCCACCCCUGAAGUGGUAGAACAGUUCGACGACAUCUUGAUGAUCCACGAAGGACACAUGGUGUAUCACGGACCACGCGUCGAUAUCCUGGACUACUUUAAAGAGCGUGGUUUCACGUGUCCCCCACGAGUAGAUCCUGCCGAUUUCCUGAUCGAGGUGACAUCAGGGCGUGGUCAACGCUAUGCGAACGGCACUAUCGACGUUAAAGACCUACCCGUUUCGGCGGAAGAGUUCAACAAUCUCUUCUGCCAGUCCAGUAUCUUCAAAAAGACAUUGAACUCCAUCAGCAAGGGCUUCAAUGAGCACCAAUUCGAGAGUGCAGAGGACUUUAAGAAGGCGCAAAGCGUCGUCAAUUUGGCACGCUCUAAGGACCGAUCCGAGUUCGGACUGGCGUUCGUCCCAAGCACUAUGCUGCUACUGAACCGGCAGAAGUUGAUCUGGUUGCGAGACCCACCGCUACUUUGGGGUAAGCUACUUGAAGCGCUGCUUAUCGGUCUGGUUAUGGGAAUGAUCUACUUUGAAGUCAGCUCGACGUACUACCUGCGUAUGAUCUUCUUCAGCAUCGCACUGUUCCAGCGUCAAGCGUGGCAACAGAUCACCAUCUCGUUCCAGCUCCGUAAGGUCUUCUACAAGCAACGAGCGCGUAACUUCUUUCGUACUUCGUCGUAUGCUAUAGCUGAGAGCGUCGUGCAAAUUCCAGUGAACGUGGCAGUAUCGUUCGUGUUGGGUACGUUCUUCUACUUCAUGAGUGGUUUGACCCGGACGUUCGAGAAGUACAUCGUGUUCUACCUGGUGCUGCUGUGUUUCCAACACGCUAUCAGUGCGUACAUGACGAUGCUGAGUGCUCUGUCGCCGAGUAUCACGGUGGGCCAGGCUCUGGCUUCGAUCUCGGUGAGCUUCUUCCUGUUGUUCUCGGGUAACAUCAUCCUAGCGGACCUGAUCCCGGACUACUGGAUCUGGAUGUACUGGUUCUCUCCGAUUUCGUGGGCGCUGCGUAGCAACAUGUUAUCAGAGUUCUCAAGUCACCGCUACACACCCGAAGAGAGCAAGAAGAAGUUGGACAGCUUCUCUAUCAAGCAGGGUACCGAGUACAUUUGGUUUGGAGUGGGGAUUCUUUUAGCUUACUACUUCCUAUUCACGACGCUCAACGCACUGGCGUUGCACUACAUCCGGUAUGAGAAGUAUUCGGGUGUCACUGCUAAGACCUUAGGGGGUAGCAAGUCUAAGGACGGCGACGUGUACGUUGAAGUGAACACUCCAGGUGCUUCUGAAGCCGUCAAGUCUGCAAAAGGCAGCGGGUUGCCGUUUACGCCUUCCAAUUUGUGUAUCAAGGACCUCGAAUACUAUGUGACGCUGCCGUCGGGUGAAGAGAAGCAGCUUCUGCGCGGCAUCACGGCACACUUCGAACCAGGUCGUAUGGUGGCGCUCAUGGGAUCGUCGGGUGCAGGCAAGACGACGCUGAUGGACGUGAUCGCCGGACGCAAGACGGGCGGCCGUAUCGUCGGCGAUAUCAUCGUGAAUGGUGAGCCGAAGAACCCGGCCAACUUCAGUCGUAUCACAGCGUACUGCGAGCAGAUGGACAUCCACUCGGAAGCUGCCACGAUCUACGAAGCGCUGGUGUUCUCAGCCAAGCUUCGCUUACCGCCAAACUUUACCGAAGAAGAGCGUAUGAACCUGGUGAACGAAACUCUGGACCUGUUAGAGCUCACUCCAAUCGCUGGCGAGAUGGUCGGCCAUCUCUCUGUAGAGCAGAAGAAACGCGUGACGAUCGGUGUGGAGGUGGUCUCAAACCCGAGCAUCUUGUUCCUAGAUGAACUGACGAGUGGUCUGGACGCACGUUCGGCACUUAUCGUGAUGCGCGGUGUGCAGUCGAUCGCCCGUACAGGCCGUACAGUGCUGUGCACAAUCCACCAGCCUAGCAUUUCUAUCUUCGAGCUGUUCGACGGUCUACUGCUGCUUCAGAAAGGUGGCUACACGGCGUACUUCGGUGACCUUGGGGUGACGUGCGCUGAGCGUGCCGUGUUCUACCGUGAACGGAUGUCGAAUUACUACGGUCCGUUGCCGUACAGUCUGUCGCUGUGGCUCGCCGAGGUGCCGUAUCUUAUCGUCGUGAUCAGCAUGUUCGUGUCCAUCGAGUACUGGCUGGUCGGUUGGAGUGAUAACGUGAAGGAUUUCUUCUUCUUCAUGUUCAUCUUCUACCUCUACACGUCGGCGUGUACGUACGUGGGUCAGUGGAUGUCUGCUUUGAUGCCGAACGAGAAGGUGGCGAACGUGGCUGUGGGUGCUCUGUCGUGUUUGUUCAACCUCUUCUCGGGCUUCCUGCUGCCUCGUACGGCAAUGAAACCGGGCUACAAAUGGUUCCAGUACUUGAUGCCUUCGUACUACUCUCUCUCUGCAUUGGCUGGUAUUCAGUUCGGCGACAAUCAGGACAUUAUUACCGUGACAACAAAAGGUGUUGCAUCAAAUUUGACAGUGGCAGCGUUCGUCAAGAAGACAUACGACUUCCACCCCGAGCGCAAAUACGACUUCAUGGCGGGGCUACUCGUGAUUUGGGCCGUGCUUCAGAUAGCUAUUUACCUCACGUUCAAGUACGUCAGCCACCUCAAGAGAUAAGCAACCGGUAGCUUUCGUCCGCGGACGACUUUACUUUUUCAAAUACAUUGAAUUGGUUUCUAGCA